CUGGAUGCAUAAUAUGAUACUGCUUACUGUACAUCAUACUCAUUUACAUGUGAUGCUAGAUUUAUGAUCAAUACAAGUUUUCUGACACAUAAUUGUCACAGGAACAUUUUAUAUCGUUAUAUUGUAAAACCAGUGGGAAAUCUAGAUUUGUAGAUGCAGCAGCAAAUGUACCUGAACACAGCAUGAAUCUGAAUUCAGCUUACAUGCAUCUGUUUGGAUUGUGGGAGAAAACUGGAGUACUCGGACCACAGGGAGAGCAGGACAAUUUCUUAUGCAAAUAAUACAGGUUUCAUCAGACACUAAAGUUUUAGUUCCUGCUGUCAGUGCAGUUCAGUACUUGCUCUGUUGCUUAUUUUGUGUUAUCAUUUCAUGCAUCACAUUCAAUUAUACAAACAUACAGUAAUUAAACUGAACUUAAUAAAGACUUAUUUGUGUCGAUGUCUAUUGUAUUUUCUUUUCUUGGUAUAUACAACCUUUUAUUCAUUCCAAUCUGCAGUUUAGCUUCUGACCUCAUGAAUCCAAAAUAUUGUAGCAAAGACUUUCUACAUUAUUCAGUAGAAGCAUAAUAACAUGAUCUUAUUAGAUUUCCUAUCUGUGUCUGUUCUGGUGUCAUUGUAACGUUUGUGAAAUAUCUCCAUGGGAAAUUACUUUAAUAAUACACUAAUACAAGAAUUCAUAUCAUUAGACUAUUGUACAAUUUGAUUGCAUCUUAUCAUAAAACGAUCAUAUGAUUACUGUAGGUGAGCCCUUACUACAGAUACACGGAUUAGUUGCAAAGUAAACCAUCAAUCUAACUCUCACACAGCCGAUAUUUCUGUAUUAUUGAUAGUCUGGUCCAGGAAAUAGAAAUGUAAAUCAUUAUCAUGAGUAUAAAUUACUUGUAAAUUACUGUUAAUGAUGCUUGCAGUUCACAGUCCUUUGUCUCAAGUGAAAGGAUGAAAGUGGAUCUAUCGUAAAUUGCAUGAUAAACAUUAAAGGCGUUGUCCGAUAAAGGAGGCAAGGUUUUACUUACUUUCUGUUUCCUUCUCGCACGGCAGCAAUGGAUGAAAAGAAACAGAGAUUAGAUGAAUUUCUGAGAAGUCAAGAAGGAUUCAGAACCAAUGCCUUCAAUAUUAUCAUGAAGAUGUUGGUUUGGUGGAAGAAGACAGCAGGAAGUAGACAGUUUGUGGAUGAGCUGCUUCACAGCAUCUUCUUUCUGGGAAAUAUCAACAUUCCUCCGUAUCCCCCAGAAAUGAUUUUUCCUGAUGAGAUGUUGAAUGCCUUGAAGAAGGAAUACCCUCAACCUUUUCUUCUCUAUUCCACUCACCUCCCCAGGAGGAGUCCAUUCUCCUGUGUGCUGGACAUGAUUGUCCUGCAGAAAGGUCAAGAGAAUGAAAACCAAAUAAUACAGAGUCUGAAAGCUCUCAUCAAAACACUGAAACCAAAGUUUCUGGUCCCCUCCACUAUCUGCGUCUCUCAGAAGUCAGUCAAUGCAGUCAGAUACUAUGGAGUCUCCAUGUCCACUUCUGGCGCGAAUCCCGGGAAAAUCAUGAUUGCUGCCUCCUGUUGCAACUUCUGGGAUGAUUAUGUAGCUGGUGCAGUGAUGACCUACUAUCCAAAGAAGGUCAAGAACUCAUAUUUUGAUGGAACCAUCAAACUUCCAGAGGAUGUCAGGUGCGAGGCGUUUAGCCUCUGUAAAGAAGAGAGAAUGCCUCCUUGUAGAUCAUGUGGGAAUUUGUUUGGUUUGCGCACGACUGACACAAAGGAGUGGGCCUAUGGCAACUGUGCUGAAGCUGAGAGUGUGAGCAAGUUGCUCAAAAAUGAGAAAAAUGUUAAAGUGCAAGCACGACCCACAUCUGUGACUUGCACAGAGGAGAACAGACAGAGGGCCAAAAACAGUGUUUUGAAAGAGCUGAAGUGUGUGCUAUGCAUGGUGAAAUUUGAGAAAUGGGAUAAUCAUUUCUACAUCCCACAAACUAACUAACUAUUCUUGAAAAGAGGAAAGGAAAUAAAUAAAAUGGCUAUGGUCUUUUAUCACAAAAUGGCCUAAUAUAUAUGUGCAUUUUAAUGUGAAUCUUCAUUAAUAAAAAUACUCCACAUAUAUAUAUGCAUGAUAUCUUAUAAUCAGAGAUUCAGUAUAACAUGUUUUCUUAUUUCAAACUGUUGAUCCUCCAGCUACUUGUUAUGUGCAUUUCUGUACAUGUUGUUAACAAUAAAAUCGGACUGGGAUGCUACUGAA